AUGGGUGGGGUGCGGCCGGUUUCCAUAUACUGCUGCGCCAAGUUCACAGUAGCGACAGUCCUGACUCUGUCAUGUCUCCUUGGCUUUAUAUUCCGCGCUUCGCAUGACUCUUCCGAGAGCUCCCGACCUCCGUCGUUUUUGCAGAUGACAUCCUCGAGGACACGUACUUGGGGCAAAGCUCAGCUGCGAAAGGCGAGCGCUUGCCCGGCAGAGCUGCAGAGCAGACAUCCUGAUUGCCGAGUAGUCAACGUGCGAGAGACACUCCACUUGGGCAAGUCCAUCAGGCCCAGGGAACACACGGCGAUGGUUUGGAGUGCACUACACCCAGCCUUGUCGUCAGAAAGGGACAGCAUCAUUGGGUUUAAGCCUGCAAUGCUGGACGUGGAGUCCCGCUGCCCUGGUGAAUCCAAGCAGGUCAGCUUGGUGCACCACAUCAACAUCUAUGCUUACGAUGCCCCGACUCCAUUGUCAGCCGGGCGAGCUUAUGUUGUGGAUGGCGAGGUUCCGGAAACGCCUGUUGGGAUAGACGAGAAGUCCAUGCGCAUGCUGGCAUCUCAUGACAAAGAAGCUGGAGACUACUUUUUGCCAGACGGCUAUGGCAUCCCCGUCGGGAAACACGCGCUGAUGGAGCGACAUUUCCUUUUCCCCAAAUGCUGGGACUACGACGACGACAUUGUUGAAUCCAGUGGCAUGGAUCUGUAUGUGACUUCUUCGCAUUCCCUGAAGCCGGCCGCUUUGGUAGGAGCACUCAAUUUCAACAUGAACGUCCAACCACAGCAAGGGCCUGUGGAGUGGAUCACCCGUGUGUCUGCAGAGACAUUGCGGAGUCUUAUCUCCGACAACGAGGAAUGGCCUGAGAUUUUGGCCGUGCACCUGCACACGCACGAUGUCGCAAGAAGGAAAUUUUUCGAGAUCCUGAAUGAGGAUGGUUCUUUGGCCUUCCGGUCGACAAAUGAAAAGGCGGGCUAUGGCCUGCAGGAACAAUCCUUUUUCAACUUGCCGGAGAAGGGCUGGCCGCGUUUACAGAUACAUGCUGGGCAACAGUUGCUCCAGCACUGCUUGUUCGACUCCGAUCACCUAAAGGAGCCCGUGGUGUACGGGCUUGGUUGGGGACAAGAGAUGUGCGCUCCUUUGCUCGUCAUUGGUGGUGUGCGAGACCUGGCUGAAUCGAUGACAGGGGCUGCCCCUUUAUCCCACUACAGUCACUACAGUAUAUAG